AAUGCUGAUUCUGUAUCUUAAAAGGCAAUUCAUCUCCAUUACAAGUUGACAUUGGACCAACAUAUUUUGACAUCAUGGCAAGACACAAGAUCCUAACCUUUACUGUGAUGUAUUUCAUUCAGGCUUGGACUUUGGGUGUGGACUCCAAGAUGGUUCAUCUCCGUCAACCUGGUCUCAAUUCCCCCAUACCCUUAGACAUGGUCCCUAACUCUGUUGACGACAUGUAUGACGGCUGCACUAAACAAAUGUACAACAAGGUGCAGAAGGAAUAUCUGGAACAUGAAAACAACAGGGAAGGGAUCUUCAAACAAGCCUGGAUGAAUGCAGAAAAAUGUGCAAGAAAGGCCAAGUCCAAUUCUAAAGGCAAACUUACACAUGAUCAUAUCAAGGCUAUCUGUGCUUACACAGCAGGUUUCCCUAAGAUAUACCCAGUGUUCAACCAAGCAGUCCGGACCAAAAGAACAGAGUACACAACCUCCUUCCAGUUCCACUCCCUGCAUUUCCUGCUGACUGACGCCAUUCGCCUCCUGAAACUAAACCAACAGACCUGUCACACCACAUACCGGAGAACCAACAUGGAGUUUGAAGGUGAAGUUAACCAAAUCAUCAGAUUCGGCUUCUUUGCCUCCAGCUCUCUUGAGAAGGGAAUUUCAAAAAAAUUUGGAGAAAAGUCUUGCUUUGACAUAAAUACAUGUUUUGGCGCUGAUCUGAAGUCCUUCCCCAAAAUGGGGAAUCAUGAAAAGGAGGUGUUGAUUCCACCAUAUGAAGUGUUCAAAGUUACUGCCGUGAUGAUGAAAGUAAAUGAUGAAAACCUUUGGUGCGAUUUUGUGUACAAACUAGAGAGUAUCAAACUCCCUGAGAGUAACCUGAAUUGCAGCAUUUUUAAGAAGCCAAUUAUUAAUUAAGAAAAUCUAUGUUGAUCUUGAGUAAUUGUCCCUAAAUAGGAUUUAAAUCAAACAGCCAGGCUGCUUAUCCUUCUUAAAGUAAAUAAAGCCAAACAAUGUGUUUUCAGUGUGUAAAGCUUUUAUUGUAUUAAGUUAAUUGGUUCAUUGGUGGAUGUUACAUACAAACCUUAUCCUGACUACCUGAAAUAGUGAUUAUUAAGAUGUUUGUACUAGCCUUUGUAUCAGACUCCAUAGGAGACUUUAAAGCACUUACAGUAAAUGUCUUCUGCAACUUCUGGCAAAAUGAAUAAAGAAAAUCAUUGAGCUUGA